CAUCCGCUGUAAAUUCGGGAUUUUCAACCUUUUUUGGUAUUUUUUCCAAAAAGUAUUUUAUGCGCGGGCGGCCAACCAGAUGGCGCCACUGGUAGUAUUUUGGAAAAAUUCGCGGGAAAAUAAAUAGUGAGAAUUAGUGAAAAUAUUAAGAACCUUUAUUUAGCCAAAUGACUCCAGCAACUAACGUUUCGCAAUCAGACAUAAGCAUCGAGGAUGAGGAUGAAAUUUUGCAACUGGAGAAACUUUUGGCCGAAGCUGAAAAAAAAGAUGCAGAGUCAGCAGCUACAUCUGCCAUGAAGACUUCGGCUCCAAAAUUGAGGAAUUGGGAAGACAGCAGUUUUGCCAAUGCAUUAAGCUAUGAGGUAGAUGUAAAGGCAUCUGCAAAGACCAACACCGAUAAUAAGAAGAGGGAGAAAUGUUUAGCCAAAGAGCAGGAAUUGGACUCGUCUGACGACGAGGAAGUUAAAAAUUUUCUUGAAAGAAAGUAUAAUGAAUAUGGAAGUGAUAUAAAUCAGAAGUUAAAGCAACAGAGGGAAAGUGCUCAUGAAUUGAAGGUAGCCCGAGAAGUGGACUCGGAACUAAAGAAGAAGCCAGAUUCAGUGCAAAUGACACCGGAGCCACUCCGUCUAAAAAAUCCUCAUAAUCCAAUUAAGCGAACGGCAACGAGUAGCUCAUUUCAACGACCUGUACAGGAGGCAGCUGCGUCAUCCCCUAUAUUCUCGAAUUCUCCAAUCAGUUCUGCUGUUUACACGGAUCCUGUGUUUGGCUUACGUAUGAUCAAUCCGUUAAUAUCGAGUUCCUUACUGCAGGAACGGAUGUCUGGACGCAAGGCUGUACAAUUCUCGGGUGUGGCGUAUCACAUAGAACGCGGAGAUUUGGCUAAAGAUUGGGUAAUAGCCGGUGCAUUGGUAUCCAAGCAGCCCGUCCGUAGUACAAAGAAAGGAGAUCCCUAUUCAACUUGGCGCCUGUCCGACUUACGUGGUGAGGUGAAAACUGUGUCACUAUUUCUUUUCAAGGAAGCUCACAAAACGUUGUGGAAGACAGCGGAGGGAAUGUGCCUGGCUGUGCUUAAUCCGACGAUCUUCGAAAGGCGUUCAGGCAGCAGCGAUGUGGCCUGCCUGUCCAUAGACUCUUCACAAAAAGUUAUGAUUCUGGGACAAUCCAAGGAUCUGGGCACUUGCCGAGCGGUGAAAAAGAAUGGUGAUAAAUGCACAGCUGUGGUUAAUCUCACCGAUUGCGAUUACUGUGUAUUCCAUGUGAAGCAGGAAUAUGGCAAAAUGUCCCGUAGAUCGGAGCUACAAUCAGCCACCUCGGGUAGAGGAUUAAAUGAGCUAAGAAAUAAGGUGUUGGGCAAGACGGAGGUGUUUUAUGCUGGGAAUUCAUUUUCGUCUGUUCCCGCCCGUAAGAGCUCCAAGCUCAUAUCGAAGGAAAGGGAUCGAUUAAGCAAGUUGGCUGGCUAUGAUGUGUCACCUUUUGCUCACACAGUGAAUCACACCGCACAGCCAAAGAAGCCAACUUCUGCUAUACCCUAUGCUGAUCGUGGUGGGGUCACAUCUCGUCUAGCUGGAGCCGUCGAAGCUUCUUCAAAGCAAAGACAUCAAGAUCUGAACCGCUUGCGUUUGUUAAAAGAGGAAAAUGAGCGUUUUGAGAAGGAUAAGGAACUAAACACCACUCCAAUAUCAAAGCCAACAAAUGCUGCUACCCCCUGCACUCCGCCCAGUGUGCCAGACAAAUUCCAAAAUCGUGGCUUUUCCUUUGAUGCCAGUUCAACACCCAAGCUCUCAUGCAGCGAGAACUUCAAUUUUGAUAUUAAUAUUGGUUCACGUCAAGCCCAAAGCGCCAAACUGAAAGCUUUGGCUCUUCUUAAAAAACAGCCUCUGGAAAAGAUUAAUCCAAACUCCACGCGUGGCACACAGUCGGGCAAACGUCGGGCUAUUGAUGAACUGCAUGAGCAAUUUUCCGAUUCAGCCAAGCGUCAGAAAUUGGAAGAGGACGAUCGAGAAAUGAUGCGCAAGUCGCGGAUUGAAAAAAUUAUGGCCGCCACAUCGACGCAUUCGAAUCUUGUAAAGAUGAGGGAACAAGAUGCCCAAGAGGAAUACUUCAACAAGCUAGAACGCAAAGAGGCAAUGGAGGAAAAAAUGUUAAACACCUUUAAAAUGCCCUGCAAGGCGGUAAUUUGCCAAAAGUGCAAAUAUACAGCGUUCUCAGCUGCCGAUCGUUGCAAGGAAGAGAAGCAUCCUCUGAAGGUUGUGGACGCUGAGAAGCGUUUUUUUCAGUGCAAAGAUUGCGGCAAUCGCACUACUACCGUCUUCAAGUUACCCAAACAAAGUUGCAACAGCUGCAAGGGAUCGCGCUGGGAACGCACGGGCAUGAUUCGUGAGAAGAAGGUAUGUACCGGAAGGGAAUCGUUGUCGGUGCGUGGCGAUGAAGAGACCUUCAUGGGCAGUUUGGCCAGUGGGGCCAAUCUUAAUCUGCUGGUCCCAGAUGAGGAGUAGAUAGGUAAAGUUUUAUUUCUUUCGUUUAAACAUAUCAUUUGACUCUGCAUAUAUAUAUAUAUCUAUUUACAACAUUAUAUUGAUUAAUCAUAAUUAGAAUUCACAAUUUUUGGCAUGCGAUAAAAUUACGGAUCUCUAGAUAAAUAAUAUUGAAUAAGUACAAUUGGUCCAUUUUCCUACUGCUAACGUAUAUCGUAAAUAAAAAAUGAAUAUGCAAGUGCCUAA